CGGUGCUUCCACUUUUAUAUAAAGGACUGCGACUACCGAAUACAGUCAGCUGUGUGUGGCACACAGCAUCAGCAUUGUGAAGGGAGAACUAAAAACCAGUUUUUAUUCUCGACUAUCAACUCUGUCAAAGACCAUUCGCUAAUGUCUAUCGUAUUCGAUAAUAUUAAGAGCAUCUCGACGAGGAUAUUUAGAAUCAAAGACGAAGAUUAUCAUCCACGAGAUGAAGAGGAGUUAGAUGCGCGCAGGAUCGCGGAAAGAUCCCGCAUCAAGGAGCGAUCCCGGGCGGAAGCCGCGAAAAUCCGAUCCGGGGUAGAGAGAGACGUUCACGAUCGCAAAAAUAAACACACAAAGAAGCAUAGUGGACACGAACACCUUCAUUAUGAAAAGAAAGCCAACCCCAGCUACAGCUCUCUAGAACACGUUGGCCCACCUUCGGUUUUUCACCGAUCAUCACCCGUCUGUCGCAAACUUCGGGUCAACCCGAAAAAGCAUGUGAUGUAAAUUUAUUGUAAUAAUACUGGGAGUUGAUUCUCCACCAACUUUGUGCCGUACACCAACCUCGUUACGGUGACGACUCGUUCAGUCAAACUGACCAAAUUCCACUACUAUUACUGCAGAAGAAUGUAGAAUGUUAUGUCUGUUCAGUGCUUUGUUUUUCUGCCCUAUUCUCCUACGCUUGCAAUCGUUUUAAUAUCGUGCAACCUUUGCAAAAGGUUUCACUAUUCUACUUGAUGUUUGAGUCUGCCCUUAGUGCUGUACAUAGGAUCCCCAAGACGUUUGUAGAAUUUCAUAAGAUACUUUACAUUGUAACUGUAAUAAGCUUGUUGUUUAUUCGUUGUAUAUCUGUGUCAUAAUGCUAAUUUUGUUCUUGUUGUAUAUCUA